CGUAAAGCACUAAUCAGAUCACAGCGUAGGCGGGGCUCUGGUGUUAUUAAAGGGGUACGAAUUGCUCUUUUUCAGCGAGAUAAAGGGUUCGAAGGGAAAGUGAAAGCACAACAAAAAGCAAAGCAAAAAGGAACCGAAGCGAAGCCUAGCGAAGGGCCAGGAAGAAGCGUUUUGAACGGGAUUUAAGCGGGCAUCUGAGCUGAGGCUUCGCCUCGUGGAAGUGGGCAGAGAUCCGAGAUCGCUGAUGGAAGGCUGUUUACCCGAUUCUCAUUCGCACAACAUAUUGUAACAUGGCCAAGUAAUGACUGGAAUGAACACUCUGGGUGGAUGAAGUUGAUGUCUUAUAUCAAAGUACUAGCAUAAAUAAUCAUACGGAGUAAACGACGUGCACAUGUAACAUCAAAGAGCGAAUGGCGCAGUCAUAGAUUGAAAUGAAAUGCAACUUAUUUUCAUAACGGAUUACCUUCGCAAGAGUUUCUCGAAACAUUCUGAGCAAACAAUCGAGAGGCGAGCAUCGUGCCCUCCGCCUGUCUUAGAUGAGAAUGUCAUUAGCGCAGAGGGUUCUGAUGACCUGGCUCUUCACCCUGCUCUUCCUAAUUGUAUUGGUGCUGAAACUGGACGAUAAAGCUCCUUGGAACUGGUUCCUCAUCUUUAUCCCACUCUGGAUUUUUGAUGCUAUCCUUUUAAUCAUGUUAAUCGUAAAGAUAAUAGGAAGAUGCAAAGCAGGCUAUGACAGGAAUGGUACAAAUCUCAGAAAGGAGGUUUGGUACCUAUGUGCUAUGCUGCUUAAAUUAGGUUUUCAGCUGGCGGUGUGCGCGAGAUUGGAGCAAUUUGCACAAAUGAAGCUUAGUUUUAUUUUUAUACCUCUUUGGCUGUUAAUAAUUGGAGCAAUUAUUGAUUUAGGGUACAAUACCUAUUCUAUGAGGCAAGACUAAUGAAGUGCUCACUCAGUGCGUUAGUUUUUAUUGCCGGCCUAGUAACUGCUCCAACGUGCGGCGAUUAAUUGAAAUAGCUCGAACAGGAGCAAAAAAACCCUGCGAUUAUGAGAAAUUCGAAACAAAAACAGAAAGUGCUGGAAGAAAUUAGCAGGACAGGCAACAUCUAUAGUUCUGAUGAAAGGGUCAUCGAUUUCAUUUCUCCUUCCAUGGACGUGGCCUGACCUGCAGCGUAUUCUCAGCAUUUGCUGUUUACACUACAGCACAGGAGAAAAUAGUGGUUUACUCAUCCUUUUAAGUCAAAAUAACUGCAAAUGUUAUUCUUCAUAACCAUUUCUCCCGUGCAUUCUGUGAAGUCAUCGUGGUUAUUGAAGUAAAUGUGAAUGUUUUUAUAUAAACACCCUGUAAAUUAAUACAUGACACGUUGCCACCACACCUGCCAUCUGUUCCAAGCAAAAACCGUUCGUAUUUUAUGCAACUGAAAUCCUUUAACAUGCUACGUUGAUGACAAACAGCUAAUUUACAUAAGUAGGAUAGUUGGAUUAUCUACAGUAUAAUUUCCUUUUUAUGGAAAAUGCUUUAAUUAUAAAAUUCACAAGAUGGUGUUCCUGCUUUUAAGCUUUGGUUGGGCCAGUCAGAGGGCCAAAUAUAGCAAAAGCUAUAGAUACCAGAAAUCUGAAAUAAAAACAGAAAAUACAGGAAAUGCUCAGGUCAGACAGCAGCUGUUGAGUGGGAGAACAGUUAACCAUUUUGGCUGAUGAUUUUUAUCAGAUCUAGGAAAAAAAUAUAAGAAAUCAAACAUGUUAUAGGGAUAUAAACCGUGUGUGGGCAGAUGUGCAGUUUAAACUUGCAUCAUGGUUGGCACAGACAUCAUGAGCAGAAGAGCCUGUUCCUGUGCUGCACUGUUUUAUGUUAUAAGUUACAGAAAAGGAGAGGUGAUGCAGAGAAUAGGAAUAUUUGUGCCAAAUUUAGGAGUUGUGUCAUGGAGUUAUAGCAUGUGUCAGCAUUUUCAGGAAAGGUAGCAACAUUGACAUCCAGCUUGUUCAUACCAAUUUUCCAAAGUUUAGGAAGCAAAUAAUUUCAGUACAAGGGAAUCUACAUAAUUGCCAAAUACAUAACUGCACACAUCUUUCCAAUUUUAAAACAAGAAAUUAUCCUAUAUUUUGCAUAUUUCCUAAAUGAAACAAAUCUUCUUGGGUUGGAAAACGUGCUAGUAAUUAUUGUCAACUAUUUAAUGUGCAUCAAUUAUUGCAUUUCAUGAAGUAAAAAGGAAUUAGGUUUGCUGACUGGCUGGCACAUUGAGAGAAUGCUAGUCUGGAGCAUGAACACUGCCAUGGGUCAGUUUUGAGAAAUGGCACUCGGGGAAGCACAAGUCUUACCCAUGUAUAAAUAUUACAUUACAAUAUAUAUGAAAGAUCAUUUUCUCCCUAAAAUUUAU